CAAGAUGUCAGCCUCCAUGAAGUGGGGUGCAGGCUAAAACGGCACCUCAGCAAAACGUCACCGAUUUCUCUGGCGAAAACAUCGAUGUUUACUUAUACGCGAGCUAUUAGAUCUCGACACGUGCCAGUUCAUCUACAUAUUUGUGAUAUGAGCGCCAUGACUGAUACCAUGUGAUGCGAAAAUCAACCUUUAUCAAAUGUGUGCUGUUGCUUGCCCUUGUCUUCAUCUUCCUGCAGUACUUCAGCUUUACAAGCCUCUACAGUGUGGGAUCCACAGCGAAGAAUGGAAGGAACUCUGGUGCCCAGACUGCAGCUAUACUGGACCUGGUCAACACAUUCACCAGCAAGUGCCACCACCGGGAUAUUCCAAUAUUCGUAAUCGAGCCAGAAGUGCUCCAAUCCCUGUUGACUGUCAGUGAGUCGGAAUCUCAGCUUUACUGCGUCCAUCUCUGCUCAGCCGGAGAUGUCAUCUCACUGGGGACAUUUGGGGAAGACUGGGAGAAAAGGGGCUCCCUGUUGCAUGAACUCCGUGACCUUGACCUUGUACCAAAUGAGGUGACCUCUCCUGACCCCCGUCUGCUGUCCUUGGAGAGGUUAACUGUUCCCAGCAUUCCAACACAUUACCUCAUUCACCCGUCGGGUAGAAUUCGACCCCUGAUCCACCUAGUGGUGUUCUACAAAAGGGCAGGCAACUUCUUGUGGCACAGCCACCUUAAUCUCUCAAAUAAGACCAGUGCGCUCCAUCUUGAGGGCCAAAGUUUACCAUUUGGAAACAGUGCUGGAGGAUACGACAGAUUCCCCGUCCAUGGAAACAGGAUUGAUGGUAUAUGGCUCCACUUUCCACACACAAUCAAAGAAUUCCUGGCACAGAUUCCGCACUCCAAAUUUAUUGAGUGCGACUAUCACAGAGCUCAGGUGUUCCUCAAUAAAAACCCUCAGGACAAUACUGAGGAAGCCCAACAGUUCCUACGAAAAGGAAGACAACUCUUGUCACGAGGAAAAGAAAUUCUCGAUGACCUUGGUGUCCCGUUCUGGCUCAGCAGUGGCACAUGUCUUGGUUGGUAUCGACAGUGUGGAAUAAUCUCCUACAGUAAGGACAUCGACUUCGGAGUGUGGAUCAAGAACUACCAAGAAGAUAUUGUGGCAGCUUUUGAAGGAAGAGGCUUUUCUCUGAAACACGUCUUUGGCAAGGAAUCUGACAGUUAUGAGCUUUCUUUUAAAGCCGGAGACAUAAAGAUUGAUUUGUUCUUUUUCUAUGAAGAACCCAAGUACAUGUGGAAUGGUGGGACCGAGGCCUGGACCGGCCAGAAAUAUAAGUAUUUUUUCCCCAAGUUUGAUGUCUGUUGGACCGAGUUCCUAGGUCUACGAGUCCGUGUCCCGUGCCCCACACUGCCCUAUGUGACGGCCAACUAUGGACAGAACUGGAACUACCCGGUACGGCACUGGGACUGGAUGACAAGCCCGGCCAACGUGAAGGAGAACGGGGUGUGGCCCAAGCAUGAAUGGGACAAAGUGAUUCAAGUGUAUGAAUGAAUGUCAAAGACUGUGAUACUGUUGGAGCCUAAUAGUGAAGUUGAGGUUUAAAUUAAUUUUCAUACCCUGACAACGAGGGCAGCGGUAAGGAAAGUUUGAAGCAUUAUUCUCCCAGCCAAAAUAUCAUGAUCAAUCUGAACUUGUAAUUUUUGUAUUGUUGCUUUCUGAUCAAUAGCUCAAUACUAAGGUGUGUUUGAAUUCUUUUGCCAAAAUGCCUUAUAGUUUUUUAACAAGAAUUUCCUUUAAUCUAUUGUUAUUUUCAUCCAACAGUGAAAUCUGUGAUAGUUCUGAAAACUUGAUCAACCUUAAGACCUUACAUCUUUUUCAAUCAGCUACCCCCUGAGGAGUCGGGGUAAGGGUAGGGCCCCCAGCAAUGUAUGCUUGCUGUCAGACUUGCUUGAUAGCAUGUCAGAAUACCCCAACGACAUUGACCAUUCUUCAUAAUAUCAAUCAUUGGUUUGUCUGGUCCAGACUCAAUUAUCUACAGGCUGCCGUCAUAUAGCUUGAAUAUUGCUGAGUGCAGCUUUUAACAACAAACUAAAUAAAGCAGUCAAGUCUUGGUAAUUCCAGGUUAGACUAGGUCCCUAGCAACCAAUGGUUGUGUG